AUCGAUCCCGGAGUGUCUUUAGCUACUUCCAGACUGCACCGUAUUCUUCCAAAGACUUCCCAUUGCACCCAGCAUGUUGCGUGCAUGUGGGAGUCAGGCUGGACCCAGGAGUUGGGUCUGAGGCCAGAGGCCCUCCUCGUCCGCUCCGGAGCCCAGGACAGGAGGGCAGUUACCCUUCCCCGCCACUGCCCCGGCCCCCUCUGGUCGUGGCCCCUUCUGCUCCGAGGAUGGAAGCCCCCAGUUCUGUGGGGAGGACCCUCACGGCUCUCCUGUCUCUGCCUCCAGGUCCUGGAAGCGCCCGCCCGACCGUCUCCACCCGACUGGGGCGCCUGCGGGGGACCCUGAUGAGCGUGGAGGGCGCUGCUGGCCCCGUCCAGGCCUUCCUCGGGGUCCCUUUCGCCAAGCCCCCCCUGGGCGCCCUCCGCUUCGCGCCGCCUGAGCCGCCUGAGCCCUGGCCCCAGCUGAGGGAGGCCGCCUCCCAGCCCCCCAUGUGCCUGCAGGACCUGAGCUGGAUGCAGGAGAUGAGCCAAGCGCUGAAUGUGACGCUGCCCGACAUGGCCGUCUCUGAGGACUGCCUCUACCUCAACGUCUUCACGCCGGACACAGAGGCCAAAUUGCCGGUGCUGGUCUGGAUCCAUGGCGGGGCCCUGGUUAUGGGGUCCGCCUCCCCAUACAACGCGCCCAGCCUCUCUGCCUUUGAGGACGUGGUGGUGGUGGUCCUUCAGUACCGGGUGGGGAUCCCGGGCUUCUUCAGCACCGGAUCCAAGGAGGCGCCUGGCAACUGGGGCUUGCUGGACCAGGUGGCAGCCCUCAGGUGGGUCCAGGAGAACAUCGAGGCCUUUGGAGGAGACCCCGCUUUGGUGACCAUCAUGGGAGAGUCGGCCGGAGGGUUCAGCGUGGGGGUCCAGGUGGGUCAUGGUCAGCCAGCCCACGGAAGUUGCAAGGGCCCAUGGCUUUGGCCAGAGAGAAGCUUCAGGGAAACCUGUUCUGGGUGCCUCUGAGCCCUUUGUUUCGGC